AUGGAGUCACCUAACGAAGGCGUGGUGCUACCUGUGUCUCCCGUCUCCAUCGACACCACCCGGGCUACUCCUACUCGUCGUUCCGCCCGGGCCAAGAAGGCUCCGGCCAAGUACGACGAGGAGUAUGUCAUUCCUGCCAACGAUACACGGAGCCAGCCCACCCCGCAGGCAACCCGCUCCAAGCGUAAGGCUGCGCAGACUGCCGACCAGAGCCUCGUACAGGAAGACGCCGGCCAGCUCCUGGAGGAAAUCCUGGCCCAGAUGUCCCCGGACGAGCGCAAGGAGUACGGCGGCUGGGUCGAACUCGAGUCAGAGCCGGGGUUCUUUAACGUGAUGCUACGAGAUCUUGGUGCUGAGGAUUUCAAAGUCCAGGAGGUGUAUAGUUUAGAUGCCGAUACCUUGGAGCUUUUAUCGAAGCCGGUCUACGGCCUGGUAUUCCUAUUCGAGUACGAGGACACCAACGAGCCGGGGGACGAGGAAACCCGCCAGGACGGCCCGCCCGGCCUCUGGUUUGCGAACCAGACGACCGCCAAUGCCUGCGCCACCGUCGCGCUGAUGAACAUCGUCAUGAACGCCCCGGGCGCCAGCUUCGGCCGGCAGCUGCAAGAGUUCAAGGACUCGACCGCGGCGCUGCCGCCGCCCCAUCGGGGCCAUCUCCUCAACACGAACGACUUCAUCCGCAGCAUCCACAACUCCGUCGCGAGGCGCAUCGACCUCAUCGCCGAGGACCUCUCCCUCGACAACAAGUUCGAGGAGUCGCUCAAGAGGACGAAGAAGAAGAGCAGGGGGCGCAAGAACCCGGCGCGCCCCGCGCGCAAGCGCUCCAGCCUCGAGACCAACUACCACUACAUCGCGUACGUGCCCGUGGACGGCCAGGUGUGGGAGCUCGACGGCUUCCAAUGCAAGCCGCUGUGUCUCGGAGCCCCCGAGCCCGAGUCCGAGUCAUGGCUGGACGCGGCCCGCGCGGCGAUCCAGGAGCGCAUGAUGCGCGGCGCCGACUUCUCGUCGUACAGCCUGCUGGCGGUGUGCCGGUCGCCGGUGCGGGGGCUGGUCGCGGACCUGGCCGCGAACCUCGCCGGCGCGCGCGCGCUCGCCGCGCGGCGCGGUCCCGACCCCGGCCCCGACCCCGCGCCCCCUUGGGACGACGCGGCGCGCCUCGCGCAGUGGGGCCUCACGCGCGAGGCCGUCGCGCGCGCCGCGCCGCCCCCCGCCGCCCUCGCCGACCCCGACCCCGACGCCGCCGCCCGCCGCCUCGCCGCCCAGCGCGACGCCCUCGAGGCCCGGUACGCCGCCGAGCUCGCCGCCGCCGACGAGGCCGCCGAGGCCGCGCGCGGCCGCCAGCGCGACUACACCCCCGCGAUCCACCAGUGGGUGCGCGCGCUCGCCCAGAAGGGCGCCCUCCGCGCGCUCAUCCAGGAGAUAGAGCAGGAGGGCUGAUCUGUGUCGCUCCCGGGGCGGGACGAGCUGUGUCUCCGUCCCCGGGGGGCGGGCGCGAAGGGGGGGCGUUUACCUGUCUCUGCGCGGCCGCGACCCGAGAGGCUUGUUUCUCGCCUAGUAUUGGCGGCGAUUAUUACGGUGGUAGGGAACAGGGAGGGGGGCCGGAUAGAUACCUAGAGAGAGGAGGGGGGGCGCCGGGAAGUGGGGAGGGAUAUGCGAUGGUUCUGCUAGUAGACCCGACACUCGGCGAUAGCUAAUUAAUGGAAACGCACCCUUCUCGCCCGGCCCGCUCUUGCGUUCUCGCGUAUUCGCCUUCAAUGUAACUUGUCUCACCCGAUACGAGAACAGGAGAUGGGAAGAAAGGAGUCGAACAAGGGGGGCCGCGGCAUGGGAACGGCUAAUAAA